CACUCCCUAGGGUUUUAAGAAUUUCCUUUUUUCUCUAUCUACACAAUCCCUAGCUCGCCAAUACGUUCCCAUGGAUUCCAAUAACUAGGACUUCCUUGAUUUUUCGGAAUCUCCGACAAAGCUUCGGGCUUUAUAUACGCAUCCGUGUCCUGAAAACGAAGAAAUAACAGCGAAAGAGAUGGCCACCAUGAACCCUUUUGACCUUUUGGGUGACGAUGACAACGACGACGUUUCACAGCUCAUCCAGAAGCUGCCUCCGCCUUCAGCUGCUCAGAAGAAGGCCGCCGCUCAGGCUCCGGCGGCUAAACCGGCCGCCGGCUCCAAGAUGCCCUCCAAACCACUCCCUCCAGCUCAGGCUGUGAGGGAGGCUAAGACUGACUUUCAGCGAGGAGAUGGAAGGGGUGGACGUGGAGGUGGCCGAGGACGUGGUGGUGGCCGUGGGCGUUCUUUUAAUCAGGAGUCUGCUGAGAAUGAGAAUCCCUAUGGUAAUAAUGGAUAUUCUGGAGGGUACAGGAAUUCAGGAGAUGGGGAAGGUGCAAGGGUUUCUGAAAGGCGAGGAGGAUAUGGUGGUGGCCCGCGUGGGAGUUUCCGAGGUGGUCGCCGUGGUGGCUUCAGCAAUGGUGAAGCUGCAGAUGAGGAACGUCCUCGCAGGGUGUACGAACGCCGCAGUGGAACAGGACGUGGGUCUGAAUUUAAACGUGAAGGUGCUGGUCGUGCGAAUUGGGGAACUCCAACUGAUGAGAUAGCUCCGGAGACUGAAGAGCCGGUUAAUGAAAUUGAGAAGUCUGUUGAUGUUGACAAACAAACCGGGCAUGAAGGUGCUGGAGAUGCCAGUAAGGAUUCUCCAACUAACGAGCCAGAAGAGAAGGAGCCCGAGGAUAAGGAGAUGACCCUUGAAGAGUAUGAGAAGGUGCUCGAGGAGAAGAGAAAGGCGUUGAUGGCACUAAAGCCCGAGGAGCGAAAGGUUCGCUUGGACAAAGAGUUUGCGUCUAUGCAGCUGAUAUCAAGCAAGAAAACUGAUGAGUCUGUCUUCGUUAAAUUGGGAUCUGAGAAGGAUAAAAAGAAAGAAGCGGGAGAAAAGGUCAAAAAGACCAAAACCAUUAAUGAGUUUCUGAAGCCUGCUGAAGGAGAAAGCUUCAACCGCGGUGGCCGUGGCAGGGGCCGUGGUCGUGGCCGUGGAUAUGGUGGAAGCAACACGAACUACGCUGAAGCUUCAGCCCCGUCGAUUGAAGAUGUCGGGCAGUUCCCUACCUUGGGUUCAAAGUAAGCGACCACGGCCUGCCAGUCGAGCUCUCGUCUCCAAUUUUGCCACUUAAUCCUCUUUUCGGGCUCGAAAAUGGCAGGAUGUCUGCAGGACUUGUCUGUUCCAGAAUUAUAAACCGUUUUUAUAGUUUUAAGAGUGUAUAUUUAGAUGCCUUCUGGGAGUUCACAUCCCCUCUCCCUUCUUGACUCUGAGAUUGCUUUGAUACCCCCUCUCCCCCUCUCUCCCUCUCUUUUAUAUUUAGGCAUUAAUUUCUGAUUUUACAACUUAAGAUUUUUAGUUUAUGGGAUCAGUUUUGAUUUGGCAAAAGUUUUGUUCUGUUUUAAUGUAAUGCUUUUGUUUCAAGAUUAUUCUUA